AUGAGCGCCAUAUUGGCGCUUUCCUCCAUAUUCCAGAUGGGAUAUGCAAAUGCCUAUCCGAAUACCGCUGUAAACACUUUUCGGAAGUACAUAAAUGAAUCAGAAGGUGGAUCACUAACUGGAACAUCAUUCACUUGGAUAUGGUCAGCCAUCCUUAACAUUUACUUUGUUGGCUUUAUUAUUGGAAGCGCCAUUGCUAUACCGCUAGCUGAUCGCAUCGGUCGUAAAUGUGAGUAUGCGUUAUCCACGAAAUUGUAUUUAAUGAAGGAACCGAAAUCCGACGUAACGAGCAUUUCGAGCGAUGGUGGAUGGUGCCUCGUGUGCGGAAAUACUACGAAUUUCGUGGCUGCUGUUUUAUCAACGGUAUCGAUAAUAUGGCUCCUUCCAUCGUUAUUCCUUACCAGUAGAAUCAUCUUUGCCAUAGGUGCUGCCAUUUCGAUGAACAGUUUAGUUCUACUGCUACAGGAAUCAGCUCCUGUGUUUCUCCGUGGACUAAUGUCAUUCAAUGCUGAAAUGGCUUUCGUUAUGACGAAUAUGCUCGGCGCAUUGGCUGGGAUGGGAAGCAUGUUAGGUACAAAACUCUCCUGGUUAAUCGGCUACAAUCACAUCAAUUGCAGUGUGACAUGCUUCCCAACAUUAUUUUCGAUUUUGCUGGCUCUACAUUUUCCUGAUUCUCCACAAUUUCUUCUCCUAGAAAGGAGUGAAAGAAGAAAAGCCGAGAAGUCCGUUGAGUUCUAUCAUGGCACCAACGGGCAGGAUACUGCAAAAGUACUUAUGGCAUACGAAAAGGAAACUCCCAAGUCAAAUGGAUCUGUAAAAGAGUUACUCAACACAAAGCACGUGCGGUCUGGUCUGAUUUUGGGAAUCGUUGCACUACAAGCUACCACAUCAAUAUGGCCCGUGAUAUAUUAUUCAACAGAUUUCUUGAUCAGAGAAAAUAUCGAUGCUGAGCUCGCUGAGCUAACCUCUACUGUGAUGCUUUUCGUGAGCUGUAUAUCAACAACUGUUGGUAUGCUAGUCGUUGAACAUUGUUCACGGCGUUACUUACUGCUUGGUUGCGGUUUCAUGAACAUGUCAGCUCUUUCGAUGAGAGGCCACUCAGAAGUUUUUAGCUUCGCCUUGGGCCCGAUAUCGUGGUUCAUUACGGCAGAAUUGGUGCCGCUGCAGUUCAGGGCACUAUGUCAAUCUCUAGCCAUUUCGUCGAACCAGACUAUCUCUUUGAUUUUAUGCUUCGUCACUCUUCCUCUCUAUGAUAAAUUUGGUAAGUUCAUCUCUGAUCAGGAAUUUUGCUGCUAA